UUCUUCCUAUCUCCAUCAUCUAUCCGUUUAUGGCCCCCCAUAUUUCCUUUGUAUUAUCAACUUUGAGACCACCCAAACCGAUUGGGAUUCCAUAUGGGUAGUUUUUUUUAUUCCCAUUGAAUAAUUUGUCAUUUCCUCAAGAAUUCUCUUCUGGGUACUCGGUUUGUUCCGCUCGUCUUCUUGUUUUCUGUGCUUUUUUUAAUCUUCUUUUUGGGUUGCGUUUUUGCGAGUAUUGUUUGGAAAUCGGGUUGGAGAUGUUCGGUUCGGGGAUGAACUUAAUCACAACCGUGAUUGGGUUUGGUAUGAGCGCUACUUUUAUUGUGUUUGUUUGCACGAGAAUCAUCUGUGGAAGGAUUCGAGGGGUGGAGUCAAGGCCGAUGUUCGAGACUGACUCCAGGAUUGAUCUUGAGCAGGCAGAGCAAAGAAUCAGUGGUCUGGAGCCAGUUCUGGUUGCUGCAAUUCCAACUAUGAGGUUUAACCGUGAGGCAUCCAGUUCUAUAGAAGAUGCACAAUGUUCAAUAUGUUUGGGUGAAUAUCAAGAGAAAGAUGUGCUGCGAAUCAUGCCCAAAUGCGGCCACAACUUUCACCUCUGUUGCAUCGAUACAUGGUUACGAAAACACUCUACCUGUCCGGUCUGUAGAUUCCCAUUACAGGACUCGAUCGAGAUCACAAAACAUGUUAGACAAGCAACAUUCAACAUGUCACAAUCUAUUGAUGCUCCCAACAGUUCUCCAACUGAGCAUUCUCGCCAGUGGCUGCUCCCAGGGCUUGAGCGUUCGUUAGGGAGUGCAGACAACCGAGGACAUCUCAGUUCUGAUGUCGAGAACUCCGGUAGUGUUGAGCUGGAAAUAAGGCACUGAUGAAUGAAGAGACUAAUUGGGUUGGUUGGUCUGCCGAUGGGAAAUUCUUAUAAAUGCUUCUGCUUGUCCCAAGCAACAAUCUUCUUCAUACAGGAGCAGAGUUUGGAGUUUUACAAAGGGGAGUGCACAAUAUGUUAUUUGAAAUUUUGUAAAUUUGUAUAUAUAAAGAUCUUGAAAAUCACUUGGAGCAUUUGUUGGAUAUAGAGCUUAUUUUAAAUUGUUGUCACAGAAUUACUGAGCUUAAUUUCUAGAUGCUCAUCCAUUUUAUACCCUUUAUAGAAAGAGCUGGAAAUACUGAACCAUCAAAA